AUGAAUAUGUUGGAUGAUGAAGAUGACCAAAGCUUUCACGCUACGUGUGACGGCUACUCCCAUUUGAGCGAUGUCGAAUGGGAUGCGGUUGGACGGAUGGGUUCGGCCAUGGGCAUCCAUGCUGUUAGCGUCAUGCUAGAGGCUCUCAAUAGAGAUGCUCAACAUGCUACUAUCGCCAAGUUCAUUCAAAAUGAAUGUGACGCUGAACGCGAGAAAGUAGCCUUGCUUCACCAACAAGGUUCUCAACAAGCAGAGUUGUUGAGAGAACAGGGUGCUCAACAGUUUGAACUGUUGAGACAGCAGCAGGCUGCUGCUGGUGGGUCGAUGCACUCGCGUCGACCCGAAACCUUGAAGAUUGACAUCUCCAAGUAUAGGGGAGUCGAAGAGGACUCCCUCUUGAGAUGGUUUGUUGAAUUAGACGACGCCAUAAGGGCGCGUCGCAUCGACGAUGGGGAAAUGCAAGUUGCAUUUGCCCAAUCAAAUCUGGCAGGACGUGCCAAGACUUGGGCUUUGGGACUCAAGUUGCACGACCCAUUUGCGUUUGGGUCGUUGAAAGUCUUCAAGUCGCGGCUCAGACAAACGUUUGAACCGCCUAGAGCUGAGUUCAGAGCUCGAACUGAACUCUUGAAGCUCAAGCAGGGUUAG